AUGAAGUUCUCACAUUCGCUGCAAUUUAAUGCAGUACCUGAUUGGAUCGACCACUAUGUAGCUUACGAUCAAUUGAAGAAGCUCAUCUUUCAGAUUGAGAAAGAGCGAGUGGAUGCUGUAAAUAAUGCUAUUGAUCCCGAGAAGGAACUCUCAUCCGAUAUCCAAAACCAAGACAAAUUCCUGACUCAACUCGACUUGCAACUCGAAAAAGUGUUUGAUUUCUACUCUCAAAAAGAAACUGAACUCUACAAUAGGCUCGACGCCCUCGACAGCACGCUUCAGAGCUCAAUGCCCACUCAAAACUUGUACCAUGACCCUCAAUACCCCAAUUACAUCACUCCUCUUGCCAAUCUAGAUUCCACCGUGAAUUUACCUCAUAGUGCAAAAAGCUCCAUCAAGGAAGUCAUCAACGUUUCUGAUGAAAAGACUCGCAAAAUGUCCUUUGAAUCUCGCAUGUCUACUCAAUCCAAGGACGCUCGCCAUAUUGAUUAUGUGGAGCAACUGGUUGAUCUCCGAAGCCAACUCAUUUCUUUGUAUGUCUCCUUAUCCGAACUCGAUUCCUAUGUGGAAUUGAACCGUAUGGCUUUUGAGAAGAUCCUCAAAAAGCACGACAAGGUCCUGGAUGCCGACCUGAGAUCACAAUACCUCAAGAAGAUGGUGCUUGAUUCUAGACCCUUCAUGCCUCAGACCGUGGAAGCUCUCCGCGCCCAAAUUGAAAGAGUCGAACGCAUUUAUGCAGACGCCUUUUGCAGUGGCCAUGUUGCUUUGGCUGUCCGUCAAAUGAAGACACACUUGCGUGAUCAAAUUACCUACGAUCGUAACACUGUCUGGAAGGAUAUGGUUGGCCAAGAGCGCAAGACUCUCGAUGCCCAUGUCAAGGAAAGCAAACCCGAGAAAUGCUACACAAUCCCUUUUACAAACCGCAAGAUUCGCUCCGAGUUACUCAACACUAUCAUCGCUUUCUUAUUCUCCGUCGUCUUGUUUGUCAUCUUGCUCAACGUGAACAUUUUUGGCAAUCGUCAAGAAAACUACUGCUUUGCUCUGCUUAUCUUUGCUGCCGUGAUGUGGGCUACUGAAGCCAUUCCUCUGUACGCCACCUCUCUUAUGAUUCCAUUUUUGGUUGUGCCUUUAGGCAUCAUGCGCAAUGCUGACGGCACUCAAAUGGCUGCAAAGGCUGCUUCCAAAGCUGUUUUCCAAUCCAUGUUCAGUGGCACUAUCAUGAUGUUACUGGGCGGUUUCUCUCUUGCUGCUGCACUCUCAAAAUACGGCAUUGCCAAGGCAUUUGCUUCUCAUGUACUCUCUCGUGCUGGUACCCGUCCUCGCUGGGUCUUGUUAGCUAUCAUGUCUGUUGCAGCCUUCUUAUGCAUGUGGAUAUCAAAUGUAGCUACUCCUGUUCUCUGUUUCUCAUUGAUCAACCCUAUUUUGCGUACCUUGCCCAAUGGCUCUACUGUUGCACCCUGUCUCUUGCUUGGUAUUGCAUUGGCCAGUUGUAUCGGUGGCAUGACCUCUCCUAUCUCUUCCCCUCAAAACAUUGUUACCCUUCAGUACAUGAACCCUAACCCUGGUUGGGGCAUCUGGUUUGGCGUUGCUCUCCCUAUUUCCAUUCUUAGUGUCUUGGUUUGCUGGGGCAUCUUGUUGCUCGUCUACAGACCCGACAGAGCCGUCCCUCACUUGAACAGAGUUAAGCCCACUCGCGACAGGGUCAACAUGACUCAAGUCUUUGUCAUGGCUGUCACCAUUUUGACUAUCGCUCUCUGGUGUGCUGAAUCAUCCAUUGAAUACGCUAUUGGUGACACUGGUAUUAUUGCCACUAUUCCUUUGUUUGUCUUUUUUGGUACUGGCAUCCUUGGUAAGGAUGAUCUGCAUGCUUUCCUUUGGUCUGUUGUCGUCUUGGCUCAAGGUGGUAUGGCCCUUGGUAAUGCUGUCACCUCGUCUGGCUUGUUGCAAGAUAUUGCCCUUCGUAUCAAGGAUGGCGUUGAGCAUUUGGAACCCAUUGCUAUCCUCGCCAUCUUUGCAUUCUUGAUCUUGGUGUUCUCCACCUUUGUCUCUCAUACGGUUGCUGCCCUUAUCAUUGUCCCUAUCGUUCAACAAGUCGGUCAAAGCUUGCCUGUACCCCAUCCCAAUUUGCUGGUUAUGGGCGCUGGUUUGGCUUGUUCUGCAGGCAUGGGUCUUCCUGUCUCUGGCUAUCCCAACAUGUCUGCUAUCAUGAUGGAGGACCAAACUGGCAAACCCUACUUGAAAACCAAGGACUUUUUGAUUGUUGGUGUCCCUGUUAGUAUUGUUGUCACUGUGCUCAUCUUUACCCUCGGCUACGGUAUCAUGAUCGGUGUUGGCUACUAA